UGCCAUUUUCACUCUCUCCUUUCUCUGCACAGAGUGUAGAGAGGUAGAGAGAGAAAGAUGCAGAUAUUCGUGAAGACCCUAACAGGGAAAACCAUAACUCUCGAGGUCGAGAGCAGCGACACAAUCGACAAUGUCAAAGCUAAGAUCCAAGACAAAGAAGGGAUUCCACCGGAUCAGCAGCGUUUGAUCUUUGCUGGCAAGCAACUCGAAGAUGGCCGAACCUUAGCUGACUAUAACAUUCAGAAAGAGUCGACAUUGCAUCUUGUGCUGAGACUUCGUGGUGGGAUCAUAGAGCCUUCUUUGAUGGCUUUAGCUCGCAAAUACAAUCAAGACAAGAUGAUUUGCCGCAAAUGUUAUGCACGUCUGCACCCAAGGGCCGUAAACUGCCGGAAGAAGAAGUGUGGCCAUAGCAAUCAGUUGAGGCCAAAGAAGAAGAUUAAGUAGACUCUGGACCUUUAUUGCGUUUUAUGUCUCAGAUUGUAAUUGAAAUUUUGAUAUUAGAACCAAGAUAUGCAGUAUGUGAUUUUUUUUCCCAUUGACAUUAAGGAAUGUAUUCCAAUUUUGAUAUCACAAAUAUUAUGAUGAUUCUUUUUAGUUAUCAGAUUCAAGAUAAUGUUGGAAAGAUUUUCUUAA